GUUGCGUUUCUGUAGUUCCGUAGUUCUUGACCUGUCAGCGUUGUAGUACACUCUGUUACUGCUGACAAAUUGUGUUACUCCUCUGGUAUGUGCAGCGUUCCGACGGUAGCGCACAGCGAGCACCAGCAGGGCGUAGCACGCCUGGACUUGCUUAACGUCAUAAUAAUCUUGUUGCUGGUAUCCGCUAACUAGCUAGUUAUCGUAGCAGCUGAAGUUAGCUAACAAGCCGACCAACUUGACAGCUAGCUUUGUGCUAGCAGUCGACUGUAGUUAGCAGCGUAGGCGAAAGCUAGCUUUGGACCAAGGGGCACCGAGAAGUCAGCUGCUGGAAAAGCAACACUUCGGACAAAAAAUGCAAAGCACCAGCGUGCCGGCGCUUGUGUCCCGAAAGAGGAAGCGGGACGUCUCCAAUGUCGACAACGAGGUGGCAGAGAGGACUGGGAAAAUCCCCAGAUGCACUGUGGGGUUGAAGCACCCUGCACCUUUCGCUGAUGAGCUUGUGCCAGCUGAUGAUCAGCCGUACGAGAGAGUCAACAUGGAGGAGGCCAAAGAGGGAACACAUCCUGACAGGCCAGUGCGAGUGUAUGCGGAUGGCAUCUUUGAUGUUUUCCACUCAGGACACGCCAGGGCUCUUAUGCAGGCGAAAUGUCUUUUCCCAAAUACACACCUCAUAGUUGGAGUGUGCAGUGAUGACCUGACACACAAGUACAAGGGCUUCACAGUCAUGAACGAAGACGAGCGCUACGAUGCCAUCCGACACUGUCGCUACGUUGACGAAGUGGUGCGGAACGCUCCCUGGACGCUAACGCCAGAGUUCCUCGCCAAACAUCGCAUUGACUUUGUGGCCCAUGAUGACAUCCCAUACUCCUCAGCGGGCAGUGACGACGUGUACAAGCACAUCAAGGAAGCAGGAAUGUUUGCUCCCACCCAGCGGACUGAGGGCAUCUCCACCUCUGACAUCAUCACACGCAUCGUCCGUGAUUAUGACGUGUACGUCAGGCGCAACCUGCAGAGGGGCUACACGGCCAAGGAGCUCAACGUUAGCUUCAUCAAUGAGAAGAAGUACCACCUGCAGGAGCGUGUGGACAAGGUGAAGAGGAAGGUACGAGACGUGGAGGAGAAGAGCAAAGAAUUUGUCCUCAAGGUGGAGGAGAAGAGCAUCGACCUCAUCCAGAAGUGGGAGGAGAAGUCCAGGGAGUUCAUUGGCAACUUCCUGCAGAUGUUUGGACCUGAGGGAGCACUGAAGCACAUGCUGAAGGAGGGCAAAGGUCGCAUGCUGCAGGCCAUUAGCCCCCGCCAAAGCCCCAGCAGCAGCCCCGCCCGCGAGGAGCGCUCGCCCUCGCCCACCUUCCGUCUGCCCUUUUUCAACAAGACCUCCCCGCCCCCCUCGCCUCCGCCUCACCACAGCGGGACACGAGGCUACCUCGUCAGCGACGACGACGAUGACGACGACGACAACUAAAGUAGCACGGCCAGCUCUGUUUUUGUUUUCUUUUGUCGUUUUUUUUUAAAUUAAGCUGUCAAGUAGCUACGUUUUCCAGCGGAAAACGAUCUUUUUUUGGUCAACAUUUAGCACUUCACUGUCACAUGACCGUCAUACAUCUAUCUGUUUUGUGCACCCUGUAGUGUCAAAAGUUCUUUGCAUCAUUUCUUUGAGAUUGAAAAGUAUUGUAGGCUCUCGGGUUAUUGGCAGGUGCACACUUUGUUUAUGGAAGGUUAGUUUUAAAGGGAUCGUUUGGUUUUUUUGACAUGAAGUUGUAUGACAUCCCCUUCCCCCCGUUGCUGGGGCCAUUUAAGUAAAGAGCUUGGCUUCAUUAAAAAAUAUGCGUUCAAAAGAGUACUACAUUUGUCACAAAAAUGCCUCCUCAAAAAAAUGCAGAUGCACUACACUGCUGAUGGAGAUGUCACACAACUUCAUGUCCAAAAAAUCCGAACAAUCGCUUUUAAGGAGCAUGUGAACUGUUUUUUUCUUUAAUGUUUUUGUAAGGGUGGCAGAGAGUUUCUUGCACAGUCAAAUUUUAAUGUUGCUCGUUGAUACAGCUGUACAAACCGGCUUCCUGUUUCUCAACUCAAAUUCAUGUUUAUUUUUGGAAAAAAUGGGAAACUCUAAAUGAUGAAAGUGAGUCUGUGCAUGUUACGUUGGUGUGUGCAAGGGAUUUAUUGCGCCAUGCAUGCUUGAAGCAUCUUCUGUCAACAUUCGUGUUAGCUGUUAUGAGCAUUUACAUCUUUACUUUGUCUUUGUCAUGUUUGUACAAAGAAUGAUCUUAGUUUUCCUCAGAAUCAACAUGAGCUUAUUGUGUGCCUGUGAAGACUUCAGCAAAAGCAAAACUUGUCUGAUGAGCAAAGACAAUGUAUUCCUAUUUAGAACCACUCAACUCUCUCCCCUUUUAAAACAAAUUAUGCAAAUUUAGCUCCACAGAAUAUGAUCACUAAGAAGUAGAGCUUUAAUUCCUCCAUGAAACAAUUUUGCUAUCUCCUUCUAGUGUAAGUCUAGAUAAGAACAAAUAUUUCCUGCCUCAGUUUGUGCACUAAAAUAAGCUGUUGUCUAAUAAGUGUUGUCUUGAUAAGCUGCAGAGGAAAACUCCAAUGUAUGUUCAUAAUGUUAAGUACCCGUGCAGUGUUUUAUCAGAUCCAAUGCUGCAUUUAACAUCUUUGUAAAGGCAGGUUUAGCUAAUGAUCAAAUAAAUGAACGCCGUAUUUGGUGUUAAUUUAAUAAUUUUCGGAAGUCGAAAUGUGUUGUCAGCAACUGCAGUGGCCAGUUGUGUAUCAGCCAGUCCCACAAUACUAAUGUAAAUGUUUUAAUUGCACGUGUUUUAAUCAUUUUGUCACUGUCUGGGGCCAUUUUUGUGGUUGAUUUGAAGCCCUACAUGUAAGUUGGAAAGAGGAUGAUGGGUCAAAGGUAUUAAAUAUGUUCGCCAAAGUA